AUGUCGACAAAACAAGGUGUUUCUACACCAGAUGCAACAGGAACUGAGGCAACUAAUCUCCUAAAAAGGAACUCAGUUGAUGUUGGAUGGGAAUAUGGUGUUCUUGUUGAUGCUAGCAACAAGGACAAGGUGAAGUGCAAGCUCUGUGACAAGGAGAUGAGAGGAGGGAUUCAUAGGUUGAAGGAGCAUUUGACUCAUGAAGGAAAGAAUGUGAAGAAAUGCACAGCAAGAACACCACAUGCUAUGGAGGCUAAAGAGAAGUGCAAGAAGGCACUAGCUGAUGCAAAAAGGAAGAGGGAGGAGAAGACUGUUCGUGAGCUAGAAAUUAGAGAGGAAGUUCAUGUAUCUAGGGUUGGAACAGAUUCAGAUGAAGUCACCUGUGUUGGAAGUUUAGAGCCCCACAAAUUAGGACCCAUUGACAAAUGGACACGUGCUAUUGAUCCUAAAGCUACCAAGUCUGAUUCUUUGAAGCAACAGCAGCUGAACAAGGAACUUUGGAAAGAAAGAACCAAUGAGGUGCAUAAGUACAUUGCAAGAUGGGCCUGUACACAUGGAAUUGCUUUCAAUGCAUGUGAUAAUGAUGAGUUCAAGCAAAUGUGCGAAGCAAUUGAACAGUUUGGUCUAGGACUUGUACCUCCAACUCAGGAUGCACUACGAGGGAAGUUGCUGGAAGAAGAAUAUGAAAGAACCAAGAGUUUGCUGCAGGAGCGUGAAGCUGAGAAGAUGAAAAAUGGGUGUUCUAUUAUGACUGAUGCUUGGUCAAAUAGGAAGAGGAGAAGCAUAAUGAAUCUGUGCACCAAUUGUGCUGAUGGAACCUCCUUCAUUAGCUCUAAGGAGAUGUCACAUGUCUCACAUACCAGUGAGGUCAUCUUUGAUCUUGUGGACAAAGCAAUUAAAGAGAUUGGUCUAGACAAUGUGGUGCAAGUACUGACUGACAAUGCCUCUAACAACAUGGGAGCAAAGAGGCUAUUGGAAGAGAAGAGACCACACAUAUUUUGGACCUCUUGUGCAACUCACACAAUCAACCUUAUGCUCCAAGGAAUUGGCAACAUGACUCGGUUCAAGAAAGUGGUUGACCAAGCAAAGGCAUUUACCAUAUUUGUCUAUGGCCACACAAGGACAUUGGAGUGCUUGAGAUACUUCACAGAGGGGAAAGAGAAAGGAAAAGAGGCAACAGCAACUAUAUUGACUCCAAGCUUUUGGAAGGAUGUGAAGCUAACAUUGACUGUUUUUGAGCCAUUGGUCAAAGUCCUCCGUUUGGUUGAUGGGGAUGUGAGGCCAUCCAUGGGUUUCCUUUAUGGAGAACUACUAAAGGCAAAGAGACAGAUCAAAGAGGCCUUUGGAAAUGUUGAGGCUCGGUUCAAGGAUGUAAUAGCUAUUAUUGACAAGAAGAUGAAUGGAAGACUUGAUUCUCCAUUGCAUUUGAUAGCCUAUUUGCUAAAUCCUCACUAUAGCUAUAGUGACCCAUCAAUCUUUGAUCAGCCCAAAAUAUCAGAAGGGUUUAUAGCUUGUGUUGAGAAAUUUUAUUAUCAUGAUGAGGACAUGCAACAUCAGGCUGCCAACAUUGAACUAAAGAAGUUUCAGAAUAGAGAAGGACCCUUUAACAAGAAGCUUGCUAGGACUUUCAAAAACUUUGAUUACAACCCAGAUGGGGAGGAAGAUGAGAUGGAAGGUAUAGGGAUACCUUGGUCUGUCAUUGGAGAGGCAGUGGGAGCAAAUGAACAGCUUGAGCUGCGUAGAAGUGCAAGAGUGAGGGAGCUCUAUGAAGGAGAAGAAUUUGAGUCUGAAGAAGAAGAGUAUGACGAUGAGGAUGUGUACUACAGUGAAGAAGAAAUAUGA